AUGCAUUCUGUUCAUGAGGCUCGAUUAGUAAAGCCUGUGGGUUUCUCUGAGGCAUCUUCACUGAGCCAAGAGAAAAGGAUCACAGAUGAGCUCAAUCCUGCAUCAUCCCGAUCCCCCGGGAGUUCGUCUCUCUCCGCUUGCACCAUCUGCUCACGUGACUCCCACAAUGCUGCUCAGCAUCACCGCAGCCAUCUUGGUCAACACCCACUCAUUUGCAGCGCACACAGCCAAUCCUGUCAGCUUGAGUGGGGGCUGUGCAGAGCGAGACGGGGAGAGAGAGAGAGGGAGAGUUGUGAUUGUUACUCCACCACCAAGCUGUUUGCAGCAUCUCAAUCCUCUUGUCCUGCCGAGUGAGAUCAGCUUCUAUUCUAUGCUUCGGAUUUUCUCCUGAUUCACUCUGGGAGGCGAGAGGGAACUUGAAUUUUUUUCUUUCUUUAUUUAAUUUUUAGAGAAGCCACACAAGAAGAAAAUCAUCUUGUUUAGUAGCACCGUACCACCGGCUGCUGUUAUCCUUUCACUGGUCUUAUCCCAUUGUUUCCUCUUCCUCCUAGCAUUCAAGGACUAUUGGUAGGAGGUUGCUUUCAUUCUGCUUUAAUUUGUAUUCUGCUCUGUAUUUGGGCCCUUGGGCAAAGGAGGCCAUCGUUGUUGUUGUUGUUGUUGUAGUAGUCACUGGGCCUCACAGCUGAGUCACCAUGUCGGAUCUGACGCCGCAGAGCGAGGCACCCACCCCAACCACAGAUAAGAUCACCCAGGCUGCCCGCGAGACCAUCUACCUGUGCAACUUCCGUGUGUCUGUGGAUGGCGAGUGGCUGUGUCUACGUGAACUCAAUGACAUCUCGCUCACUCCCGAGCCUGAGCCAGCGCAUGAAGAUCCCAAGGACCCCAUCGCCAUUGAGAGGCUUAACCUGAUGAACAUGGCCAAGCUGAGCAUCAAGGGCCUGAUCGAAUCCGCUCUCAACCUGGGCCGUACGCUGGACUCGGACUACGCCCCACUGCAGCAGUUCUUUGUCGUGAUGGAGCACUGCCUGAAACACGGACUCAAAAGCAAGAAGACAUUCCUUGGUCAGAACAAGUCUUUUUGGGGUCCUCUGGAGCUAGUGGAGAAACUGACUCCAGAAGCUGGUGAAAUCACAGCUAGCGUCAAAGACCUUCCCGGUCUCAAAACUCCUUUAGGAAGAGGCAGAGCUUGGCUGAGACUGGCCCUCAUGCAAAAGAAGCUCUCUGACUACAUGAAGACCAUCAUUAACAGAAAGGAUCUUUUAAGUGAGUUCUAUGAGCCAAAUGCUUUGAUGAUGGAGGAAGAGGGAGCAGUAAUUGCUGGACUGUUGGUGGGACUCAAUGUCAUUGAUGCAAAUUUGUGUAUGAAGGGAGAAGACUUGGACUCUCAGGUUGGUGUGAUAGAUUUUUCCAUGUAUCUAAAAGAUGGAGGUCACAGCAGCAAGAGCACAGAGGGUGAUGGACAAAUCACAGCAAUCCUUGACCAGAAAAAUUAUGUAGAAGAGCUCAACAGACAUUUAAGUGCUUCUGUGAAUAACCUCCAAGCCAAAGUGGAUGCCCUUGAAAAGUCCAACACAAAACUUACAGAGGAGCUUGCAGUUGCAAACAACAGAAUUAUCACUUUGCAAGAGGAGGUAGAGAGGAUGAAGGAGGAAAGUUCUUACCUUGUGGAGACUAAUCGCAAGGCUUUGAGACCAGAUGGAGCAGCAGAUGGCCAAGUCCUCGGAGAAACUCGAAAGCAACUCAAAGAGGAAACUCAGCUCAGAUUGGAUGUGGAGAAAGAGCUGGAGGUCCAGAUUGGGAUGAGACAGGAGAUGGAACUGUCUAUGAAGAUGCUGGAGAAGGACAUUUGUGAGAAGCAUGAUGCACUGGUGGAGCUAAGACAUCAGCUAGAUGAUCUGUGCAGAAUCAACCAAGAGCUCUGUCAAAAGACCCAGAGCUCAGAGACCAGUGUGAAACAGAAGAGUGAGAUCAUCAGUCGCUUUGAAGAGAAAACAAACCAGAUGGCUGCCACUAUUAAACAUCUGGAGCACAGAUCUAAACAGGCAGAGAAGCAGAGGGACCUGGCCGAGGAGGCGAACAGACUCUUCAAGCAGGAAUUUGGAGACAAAAUUGCGAGUCUGCAGCAAGAGUUGGAGCAUUUACUAAAGCAGAGAAACAGUUUGGAGCAGGAGCUGAGGAAGGAGCGAGGGAGGCGAGGAAGUCAGCAUUCAGAUACCCUGCUGGGAAAAACCCCUCCAAACAGAGACAUGUGGCAACACGUGCAGGACAUGAGAAAGGAGCUGGAGGUAGUUAAAAAAGAGAACGACACACUUCGAAAUGUGCUGGAAGAGAAAACGAGCCUUAGUUCGUCUAAUUUGUCCCAUGAAGACGAGCAGAACCAAGCACUUGAUGAAGAGCCAGAGCGGUUUACCUGCACAAAGUGCAAAGGAUCAGAAGCUUUAAGCAGUUCUAAGCAGGAGUGUAAGAACUGUAAAGAAGUAUUCUGCCAGAACUGCAUGCUCAACGAAAUCCCCCUGCCAUCGUCCAUCACCCCAGAACGUGUGUGUGACGUGUGCUACUCCCAGCUUCUGCAACAGUACGCCUCAAACCCAUCCUGAGUCUCUUACUCAUCUCAGUAAAGAAUAUUCAAUACUGUAACACACUCCAUUUAGUCCAUGUUUAAGCUUUAAUCAUCAUCAGCAGCAGGGUUUUUCUGUCUGGGUAUGCUUUUCUGUGUUGGUUGGUUACUUAAGUCUUACAUUAUUUGCAUCAAAUUCAGCAUUGUGUUGUAGAUGAGUGAUGUCCACCAAGUGGACUUGUAUAGAACUACAAGAAUUGUUCAAGAAAUAAACUGUAAGAUUCAUAUUGUUUUCUUUAGUGAUUAUGCAGCGCACACAUAUCUAAAACUGGAUUUCUUGGUCAUGUGAGAAAUUGUGCAAGUGAUUUUAAUUAUUUUUAGAAAGAAAAUAUUUUAGAGAUCAUUUUGUACAUUUGAAAAAAAAUGUGUCUGAUAUUCACUAGGGUUUUAACAGACCGGAGCCAAAGCUUUUUAAAAGCAAAUUAUGCUUUCAAACAUGCAGAAUCAUCUCUAUAUAUUUAUCAAGCUGUGGGCGCUGAUGAAAAUUCACUUGUAAUAAACUUGAAUGUAAUAAACGGUUUACUGCACUUUGUGUUUUUCUCAGCUCUUAACGGCUCAAUAAAGAUUUACUAUACGUCAAAAAAA